CAGUUGUUGAGGCACCGAGGCGGGUUUCAGACCGAAGUGACACCUCGGCGGACUGACGCUCGUGCGCAUCCGCGGAAACCAGUUGCGCUCUUCGCAGCCUCCGCGCCGCUCCCGAGGAGAUACGAUGGCAUUUACCGCCGGACCGACUGCACGUCGCGUGGCUCCUCCGAUCGUGGAAGAAGGCACAAAGUGAAGGCGACAUGUGGCGAGUUGCGUGAGAGGGAAACAAACGUGAGAUUUCAUUUCCACCAUGGCAGCCAACGGGAGCUCAGAAACAGCUUACGGGUCAGAGGGCAACAACACCGGCACCCGGAAGGAAAUCUCCAUCGCCGCCUCCGUCGUCUCCAUGACUGUGGGCAUCUUCUCCAACGGCCUGGCGCUAUUCAUCCUCGUCGAAUCCUACAACCGCCUCCGGAUCAAGUCCAAGGCGUCCUUCCUGCUGUUUGCCAGCAGCCUGGUGGUCACCGACCUGCUGGGUCACCUCAUCAACGGCUCCCUGGUGAUCCUCGUCUACAGCUUCCACAAGGAGUGGCAGGCGUUCGACCCCCGCGGCGCCGUGUGCGGCGCCUUCGGGGCGUGCAUGGUGUUCUUCGGCCUGAGCCCCCUUUUCCUGGGCAGCGCCAUGGCCGUGGAGCGCUGCCUCGGCGUCACCAGGCCCAUCUUCCACUCCACGGCGCUGGCGUCCCGCCACAUGAAGCGGCUGCUGGCACUCACCUGGCUGCUCGCCGCCCUGGUGGCGGUGCUGCCCGUGCUGCUGGGGAGGCCCUACCGGGUCCAGAGCUCCAGGAGCUGGUGCUUCUUCCACAUGGAGGAACCUAAAGACUGGCUGGACGUGCUCCUCCCUUUGGUCUUCUCCAUGCUGGGGCUGAUGGCCCUGAUGCUCUCCAUUGUGUGCAACGCCAUGACGAGCUGUGCUCUGCUGCGGGCCCGGCUGCGCCGCAAGCACCACUGUCGAGGCACGUCGUACCACAUAGAGAUGAUCUGUCAGCUGCUGGGUAUCAUGUCGGUGUCCUGCGUGUGUUGGGGCCCAUUGCUGAUCCGCGUCAUCAUGCUGAGCACCAGGGCCAGAGACGAGCCCGCGUCCCUCAGCCUCCUCGUGGUGGUGCGCAUGGCCACGUGGAACCAGAUCCUCGACCCCUGGGUCUACAUCCUGCUGAGGAAGGCCGUCCUGAGGAAAAUGUUCACGCUGCUCCACGACUGCUGUGGCCCCAAGUCUCGCUUCGCGCAGCGCUGGCAGCGCAGCGUGCUCCGCAGCUCGCUGGAGACCAGCAACUCGGGCUUCGGCCCGACCGACUGCCGCCUCCUCGGUAGAUUACCGGAGACUGCGAUCAAAUCCAUCGCCUGA